GGGAGAGAAGAUACAGGAGGCAGAGCGCGGCGCUCGCCAGCAUCCCCAUCGCUUCGGAGUGACUCCGGCGUGUCCCGGCCCCGCCCGGCCACCCCCUCCGCCGACCAGCGAGCCCAGGGAAGGCAAGGAGCCUCCUCCCGCCCAGGGACCCCUUCCUGCCCCACGCCCGGCACCAUGUCUGCGGGAGGAGACUUCGGGAACCCCCUGCGGAAAUUCAAACUGGUUUUUCUGGGGGAGCAGAGCGUUGGGAAGACGUCCCUUAUCACAAGGUUCAUGUACGACAGUUUUGACAACACGUAUCAGGCUACAAUCGGAAUCGACUUCUUAUCAAAAACCAUGUACUUGGAAGAUCGGACAGUCCGAUUGCAGCUCUGGGACACGGCGGGCCAGGAGAGGUUCCGAAGCCUGAUCCCCAGCUACAUUCGUGACUCAACAGUGGCCGUGGUUGUCUAUGACAUCACAAAUCUCAACUCCUUCCAGCAGACAUCCAAAUGGAUUGAUGAUGUCAGGACAGAAAGAGGAAGUGAUGUCAUCAUUAUGCUAGUGGGCAACAAGACGGACCUCGCAGACAAGAGGCAGAUAACAAUUGAAGAGGGAGAACAGAGAGCCAAAGAACUGAGCGUCAUGUUUAUCGAGACCAGUGCAAAGACAGGCUACAAUGUAAAACAGCUGUUCCGACGUGUCGCAUCUGCACUGCCUGGCAUGGAGAGCGUUCAAGAGAAGAGCAAAGAAGGAAUGAUUGACAUCAAGUUGGACAAACCACAGGAUCCUCCAGCCAGUGAAGGCGGGUGUUCUUGCUAAUACAGAGCGCAGGAUUGGUCAGCUUCAUUUGAUACCACACGCUUGUUGUGUUGCUUCCUAUUGGUUAGCUUCCUAAAGAAACAAAUUGAGUUAUCAGAUGGGGGAGGAUUUUUUUUCUCUCUGUCUUUGGGGGAGGGGGGGGUGGGAAUGUUCAGAUCACGUCACUCUUAACAGCUGUUACUGAAACUUACUAUUUUUUUGGUUUGGUUGUAAUAUAUUGUACCUUAUUAAAAUUGCCAAAAACAGUUCAACAUUUAAAAAGGAAAGUUUAAAUCAUGUGUAUACAACUUUUUGCCAGAUGAAAAGUAGUGAGUUUGGUUUUUUUGGAAGGAGGUUGGUCUUUUGUUUUUGUAUAUUUGUAAAGUUACAGAAAAACUCCCCAGAAUACUACAGUCUGGUUAGUUUCAGCAUCCGACAUAGGACAUUGCUAGUAGAAAACUAGUCCCUGAUUGGUUAAACAAAACAUUAACUGUACAGUAAAAGAUUUGACAGUAGAACAAAUCAUGCUGCAAAUAUACAAAAUAAGUGUGUGAUGUGAUAGCUCUAACUAUAUCUCCAUAUCGCCAUAUCUAGAUUUAGAGCAGGGGUGGGAAAACUGUGGCCCGCAGGCCGGAUCUGGCCCAUGAGCCGUUUUAAGCCAGUCCGCAAGCCGUACCCUGCAGCUUGGCCCCGCUCCGACCAGGGCGCUGGGUCGGGGGCCGGAUCACAUGGCUCGGCCCCACUCCGGCGCGCCAGCUGGGGUGCUGGGUCGGGGCCGCAUCACAUGGCUCAUCUCCACUCUGGCCGGGGCGCUGGGUCGGGGACAAUACCAUGCGGCUCAGCCCUGCUCCAGUACUCCAGCCGGGGCACAGGGUCAGGGCUGCACCACGUGGUUUGGCCCUGCUCCGGCCGGGGCCUGCACCACACGGCUCCCGGAAGCCAUGGCAUGGCCCCACUCCAGCUCCUCUGUGCUCCAGUGGCCCCCUCCAGUGCUCCAAUUGGAACUGCAGGGGCGGUGCCUGUGGAUGGGGCAGCCUUCAGAGCCACCUGGCAGCACCUCUGCGUAAGAGCCAGAGAAGGGACAUGCCGCUGCUUCCAGG